AUGGGCUACGGGGCUAAGCGCCACCGGGGAAACCCGCGGCGCGACGGUCCCUCGGACCGCCCUGGGCACAGGGGCCGCGGCAUGGCUCCCUACCAGUUUAAGGUCGACGAGGCGCUCUACCAGGCCAACCACGAGGCAGCAGCCGCCCUGAGGCGCCGGAUUUUGGUGAGGGAGGACGCGGAAGGCUUCGACAUCGGGCCCUGCCAGUUUAGACAGAUAUCCAAAUUCAAGCCACUGGACCUACGUGAUGCCCCGCCUAGGAGCCACAUGGGCGCCGCUGAGGGCGGAUGCCCCUUGUGCGCCUCGGGAGUGCAGCGGGAGCAGCGCCUAUCGCAAUCAACAGCGGCCUUCCUGGCGAUGGAGCAGCAGCGGCACGCCAUACUGCACGACCAGCUCGUGCUGGCGCCAAAGCAGCACAUGCAGAGCACGCUGUACCUCGACGACAACGCCUACACCGAGAUACGCAACUACCAGAAAACGCUGGUGCGCAUGUUCGACGAGCAGGGCAAGGCCGUCGUGUUCGUCGAGCUCUCGCUGCGCGACCCGUACCUGCGGAACAAGGAGGACUCCGGCACGCGGCGGCACCAGCACUGCCGUAUCGACUGCUUCCCGAUACCGGCGGAGGCGCUCGACGAGGCCAAGAGCUUCUUUCGCAAGGCCAUCGGCGACCUGGUCCCAGAGUGGUCGAGGAACAAGAAGGUACUCGAGGUCAAGGGAAAGACCGGCGUUCGCGAGCAUAUACCCAGGGGGUUCGACUUCGUGCACGUGGACUACUCGCUCUCCGGCGACGGCAUCGCCUGCGUCGUGGAGGACGCCAGCAGGGUGCAAAUGUCAUUCGCCAGAGAGGUCAUUGCCGGCGUGCUCAGGAUGGACGCCAUGGCACGCGCAUUCAGGAAGCCAGACACUUACAAGCAGGCGCUCAGCUGGCUACGCAACCAGUACCAAAACUUCGAUUGGACUAACAUUAAGUAG